ACUUUUAUACAGAAAAACUGAGGGAUUCCAGAUUUCAAAAGAGACUCGAAAACUCUUAAAUGUUGAAUUUAAAAUUGACAAAUCAGAAAUCAGGGAAUUCCUGAUCCAAAAAUUCCUGAACUCAAGAAAUAUCCUGACAAAAACACUGAUAUUAGGAAAAAAGAUUGGCAAAAAUGCUCAAAUCAUGAAAAAUCCUGACAAAUCUCAGUGCUAUGAAUGCAGUUAAAAGAAAGUUAGGAUUUGUUUUGUUGGGGCUAAAAUGGUUUAAUAAUUAGUGUCAUUAAUGUUGCGAUUGUGUGCUAGGUGCUUGUAUAGGAAUUGGGAUGAAGUUAAUUAUGGAUAUUACCAAUUAGAAAUUGCUCUUUUUGUUUGUGAAAUAAAACAUUGUGAGACAGAAGCACUGUAGCAGUGUGAUUUUUUCCCACUGUUGUACGAAAUGCACUUUCAAAUCAGAGAAUAUGUUCAAUAGAGGAAGUGAUGAGGAUGUACAGGGGGCAGGUACAAUUUUGUGUGUGGGGAUUAUAUGCAAAGGAGUGGAGAAGGGGUGGGUUGUUGGUAGUGCUCACAUUAACAAAUGUCCGUUGCUUGUAGAAUUGCUCAAGAGUAUAAGUGUUAUUGUGUUUUGUGUAUUGAUUAUAAAAGAUUGAGGGAAUUUCUAAUGUAGGUUAUUGUUUGGUGUUGUUCAGCCAGGUAACCCUGAUGCUACUCAAGAGCGGAUGACCUUCAUUGGUGUAACAGUUGAGAAUAAUGGACCUAUUGAGCUUGUAAGGGAUGAUGACAGAGUAUUUGAAGUAGGUGAUGAUGUUUUGCGUGAUGUCUUUGACGGUGGUGUGACUGAAGUGGAGGAAAGACUGCCACUGCAAUGCAUCGUCAGAUAUCAGGAUAUGCCAGGCAUGAGUGCGCAGAUAUAUUGGCGAUCAUGGUUUAAGGUUGAUGUGUUUGCACUUAUGAUGGAGAAGAAGGUGGACGAAGAUGUGUUCUGGCUGUCAUUUGGAUCAUCUGUGGUGAAGUUAACAUACAGAUGUGCGUUGUCGAUGUUGAGAUUUGUUGUUAAAGAUGUUCAUUGUUAUUCCAUUCCAGUUCAAAAAGUUAUAAGAAAAGUAUUGAGAGUUGGUUUUUGGUUGUUUAUUUAGUUGUAUUUUAGUUCAAGGAAAGAUGUAGAAAAAAAUCGCAUCGUGAAACAAAAUUGAAUGGUAUCGUAUGUCAUAUUCAAAGAAUAUGCUUUUCUAUAAGUAAAGUGAGUGUUAAUAAUGUAUUUGAGAUAUCAUUUGUUAUCAUUAAUAGUUGAAAUGAAGGUUUUUGUGAAUUCUGUCCAGUUUAAUUGGUCGAUCAUAGUUGAUAAAUCUUAGAAAGCUAAGACAUGGGUGUAAUAAAGACCACACAGUCUAUUUCUCUAAA